UAAUAAUAAUAAUAAUAUCGGUGGGGAGAAGAAGAGUGGGAAAGCAUGAACCCCAGUUGCAGCAAUAAUAAUGAACGUAAGAAUCGACAUAAGCAGCGUUGCCAAAUAGCAAUGCACAGAGAAGAAAAGUCCUCCUCCUCCUCCGGAGUACUUCCAAAGAGAAUCAUAGUCGUUCGUCACGGUGAAUCACAAGGAAACUUAGAUCCAGGUGCAUACACAGUCACACCAGAUCACAAGAUUCCAUUAACACCACAAGGCAUUUCUCAAGCACUUUCUACCGGUUCUCGAAUUCGCCACGUCAUCUCUUCUUCUUCUUCUUCCCCUGAUUGGCGUGUUUACUUUUACGUUUCCCCUUAUACUCGCACCAGAUCCACUCUUCGUGAACUCGCCAAAUCUUUCUCCAAGAAACGUGUUAUUGGUGUUAGAGAAGAGUGUCGUAUUCGUGAACAGGAUUUUGGUAAUUUUCAGGUUCAGGAACGUAUGGAUGCUAUUAAAGAAACUCGUCAGCGUUUUGGUAGAUUCUUUUAUCGUUUUCCUGAAGGAGAAUCUGCUGCCGAUGUUUUCGAUCGUGUUUCCAGUUUUCUUGAAUCUAUGUGGAGGGACAUUGACAUGAACAGGCUCAAUCAUAACCCUUCAAACGAUUUGAAUCUGAUAAUUGUGUCACAUGGGCUGGCAUCUCGAGUUUUCCUAAUGAGGUGGUUUAGAUGGACAGUUGAACAAUUUGAACUUCUCAACAAUUUUGGAAACUGUGAGUUCCGUGUGAUGCAGUUGGGGAGUGGUGGAGAGUACAGCUUGGCAGUUCAUCAUACAGAUGAAGAACUGCUUGAGUGGGGGCUCUCUCCUGAUAUGGUAGCCGAUCAGAAAUGGCGUGCCCAUGGUAGCAAGGCUCCAUCGAAUGAUCAAAGUCCCCGCUGCCUUGAAGCAUUUUUUGAUCUCAUUACUGAUUCUGAUGACGAGAGUGUGACACAGAAGACGAAACAGAUUCUUUGAGUGAGUGUAGUAGACAAUAGGCUGUUCUUUCUUUCUUUGGUUGUUUCUUUCUUUGACUGGAUAACAGUAAAUUAGUUUCUAAAGAAGAGGAUAGCAAAUAUAAUUUGAUAAUAGGUUGUUUCUUGCUAGUUAGCACUUCUAAUCGGCUCAUUCAUCAUCAAAAUCAUCAUAAAAUUUACAAUCAAUUGGAGGUUUCAACAAAUGCUUCUAAUGAAUUGUUAAUAUUUA